AUGGGCUGCACACCUUCCCACAGUGACAUCGUAAACAGCGUGGCGAAGAGUGGCAUCCAGUUUUUGAAAAAGCCCAGGGGAAUUUUGCCAGGCCGCCAGGGGGACAGUGAAAAAGGCUCCCUCCCUUUGCUGGUGAAAAGUUGUACCUGCUAUGACUCUGAGGGGAACCUGUCCUCGGGAUGGAGGCCAACGGGGGAGCAGCCAAGUCCUGGGAGGACCCAAUCCACAGCUGAAGGUGAGUUCACGGGAGAUCCAGCUUCCGGUCAAAGCAAGAAGCAGGAAGAACUGAUCCAGGGCGGCAAGAAGAGCUUCCCUUCACAGCUGAACGGAGCUCAAAGUCACAUGGUCAAAGACAUUCCACUCAAGACACUGACCUCCCACGGAAUGCAAGAGGAAGACGGUGAGGGAAGGGAAAGGAAGCCAAUAUGCCACAGGUCUGGCAAACGGGGUCCUGACUGCCAACCUGUCCCACCAACUCCCGGGCGGGAAGGCCAGGUGGACUUCCCCGAGCCCCUGGUGAAGGCCCACCAGCACGCUUAUGCCUACCUGCACAGCAGCCUGUCCAAAUAUGAGGCCGUCCUGUGCCUGGUGCAGCAGGCCACGCAGACCCGUGAGCUGUUGCAGCCCAUGCUUGGCUUCCUGCUGCGGUGCUUUGAAGAGGUCAGCCGGCUCUUGGGGGACAUCUCCCAGGAUGGAGAGAAGCUCCUCCAGGCAGUCCGGGGGGACCUGGCAUGGUCACCAGGGAAGGGAGAGCCAGAGGAACAGCCAGAUCUCCUGCAGCAACUGCUGCAGUACACAGUGGGUCGGCUGCGGACACUGCAGGGUGCGAUGUCCCUGCUCACCAGAGGCUCCCUAGAGGGCUGCAGCCGCACCCUGCACUCCACCGUCAGCCACCUGGAGAACAAGCUGAGCACACAGAGGGACACUGAGGAACACCUGCUGACGGCCCUAGGGCAACUGGAGAGCCUGGCUAGUGAGCCUGGGGUUCAGGGUGUGCCCUUGUACUCUGAGGACAGUGGCAUUGGGGCUGACAGCGAGUCCGUGCAUUCCAUGGACAAGUUGGGCAAUCAAGGCAGCUGGGACUUGACACCAGAGCCUACAGAGUGGAACACGACCUUAUCCCAGCUGGAGGCCUGGCCAUCAGGACAUGCCUGGCAGCCAAAUCCAUGUUGGAUGGGCUCAGACGUGCCCCAGGACUGCCCAUUCUCAAGACCUCCGAGGGCCAAGGUUCAGCCAGCAGUCCAGGGAGAUGCCAGCAGCCCAUGCUCCUACAGCACAAGCCGGGGACACAGCAGCCCCAGGCUGGGCCACAGCAGGGUGUGUGAUGGCCCCGGGGCUGGGGACCUUGCAGAAGCACGGUUGUCUCCACGGUUUUCUUGUGGCUCAGGCUUGUCGGUUCCAGUCCUCAGCGAGGAUGAGGACAGCAGCCCAGAGGAGGGCGAAGUGAGCAGCGUAGUUCCAUGUGCAUGGCAGGAACCAGCUUCUCCUUCAAGGCCACGAUCAUCACCUGCCAACUCAAAAAGCCCAUUUCAGCCACACCCCAGGCGGCCUAGGAGCCCCCAGACCCGGGAAAUGAUUCUAAAGAUGAAGGAAGCCAUCAGUGAGAGGAUCAAGUUUGUCCCUGUGCCCUCUGCACACCAGGGCUGGGCAGAGGAGGAAGAGGGGAUGGUGACGGUCCCACCGAGGCCCAGCACCGUCAGUGGCAGCCGGAGGGGCCCUGAGAGGCACAGGAGGUCCCAGUCAGAGGGGUGUCUCGGGAGUCCCACGGAGGACGUCACCCUCCAGGAGCUGCAGAGGGUCCAGAGGGAUCUCGGACAGAAGCUGGAGGCGUUUUAUGCACUGAGUGCCAAGCAGCAAGGUCAGAGCAAGGAGCCCAGGACAGUGGUGCCGUGGCCCAGCAGCACUUGCAGGGUCAGCCCCAGUGCCAAGCUCAAGGCCUCUCUCACCAAGGGCUUCAGUGUCCUGCCCAGUCAGGACAAGAGCAUCUGGCAGAAAUGCAGCCCCCACCCUGAGGGGGACCAACCUUGGCUUAGGAAAGCCAAGAAGCUUCCAAAUGAUGCCCCAACUGGUGAGAAGGACCACGAGGCUGCCAGCACCCAGGGCUGGAAUGCCGAGGGCUGUCCAGCUAGGACGUCAGUCAAGAAGCUCAUUGAAACCUUUAAUACCACUGAAAGGCUGGGGACCCUGGGAGACAGCAAGAACUUGGGGUCACGGGCCUUUCUGGGGAAGUGGGGGGUCCCCCUCAUGCCUCCAAGAUUUCCCAUCUACAGGGGUCUUGCCCCUUUGUAUACUAAGCCUCAGGUUUCUCCAGCAGCAGGCAGAAACCCUCUACAAAUGGGCACGCCCCGGAGGCCCUUUGUCCCUGUCCUCCCCCCACUGCCGCCAGCAGAAAGCCCUAAGAAUGAAGAUGAUAUCAGCUGGGAACCUGAGGGGGACCCAGGGAAGCUCCCACCACCACCCUUAGAAAUCCUGAUGGACACAUCAUUUGCUUCUCUGGAGUUCCCAGGAAGCCAUGCACCUGUGCCAGCAGGUAACUCCCCCAGAGAGCCCCCGGAAGCAGGACUGGCAAGGACCAUGUGGGCACCUGCAAAGUUGAGAGCCUCCCUGAGUCCCAGGAACUUGCUACCCAGCAAGAGCUCCGCUGGCCCCAGCAGGCACCGCAGCACGGGGCCAGCGGGCAGCAAGAUGAGCUGCAAUCCCAGAAGGCUGGCCCCGGAACUGAGCUCUCCCCGACAAGCAGCAGCAGCAGCAGCAGCAGCAGCAGCAGCCAGCCCAGACCCGGAGGGAGACAGUGGGGCACAAGGUCAGGCACAAGCAGAGAAGGCUAUUCCCAGGCACCGCUCCAGCCCUGCAUCGGCACACAGCAGGAUUUCGGAACCUGGCUCAGCCAGACCAACCAGGGGGCCACAGCCAGCCGAGGCCCCCAGGCAGGGCCCAGAGAGAAGCCCCACAUUGAUCCAGAAGGCCUCUCCCCCAAGGGCUCGCUGGGUACCCCAGGCAGACAAGAGGCACCGGAGCUUGCCUGCCUCCCACCGGCCUGCCCGGCCCAGUGCUCCAGCCACACACGGGUCCCCCAGUCCACCGCUCAGCCCAGGAGCCCCCAGCCCUCCUAGAGUGCUGAGCCCACCUGCUACAAAGGGGCGAACCUCCCCGCUGCCCAAGCACAAGCUGUGCAGCUCUCCCCCAGCAAGUCCACCCACGCAGCACCCAGAAGCAAGUUCCCCCUCCUCUGGCCCCUCCCUGUCGCCCCCAGUGUCCCCUUCUCAAGGACACAAGGAAAGGAGACAAUCCCAAGACAGCCAGGCAGCCAUGGCUGAAGCACCAGGGAACGCAGGCUCCAUCUUCUUCUGCCCAGCCACCUCCUCCUCCCUGUUUGAAGCUAAAUCACCCCACCCGACAGCCCACCUGCUGACCCCACCAGGGGCUGGAAGCCUUCCAGAGACUCGGGUACGAUGCUCCAGGCCACAGCCAAAGACUGACUUGCAGAGGAAGACAGCUCUGUGUGCCCUCAACCCACAGCCUUUCAUCAGGAGGACCUCUGCCCACCGCCAGCCAGGGCUCCAGCCCCAGCUGGCUGGCGCUGGCCCCACCAGCCCCACCUGGGACCCCCGACUCAGCCAAAGCAGCAGCAGUGAAGAGAGCCCCAAGCAGGACACAGAGACCUGGGGCAGCCCUUGCAGCCAAGGCGGUGGCAAUAGGCAAGCAUCACCCCCGGAGCUCUGUGUGUUGGGCCACGGGCUGCAGCCAGAGGCCCGCUCCAGCCACAUCCAAGACAAAUCCCAGCUGGAGACACAGCCCCAGCAGAAGAAUGCAGCCUGA